UGCUAUUGCAUUAUGUGAGCAUUUGGUUCUUUUGGCAGGUACUAACCCGUAAGCAACAGGAAUCAGCUCUGUCCCAGGAGAUGGCUGCUGUCUUCUCUGACCUGGUUCAGUUCCGGGGAUUAUUUCAACUGAUCUUCGUGCUGGGAAUUGGUGGCAGUUUCCCAUAUGGAUUCCACAUUUCUGUCAUCAGCUAUCCUUCAGCGCACAUCAGGAAGUUUAUUAAUGAAACCUGGAUAGAGCGACAUGGCUCUCCCCUCCACCCUGAGACAAUCAUGCUGUUGUGGUCCUUCAUUGUGUCUGUUUAUGGGAUGGGAGGAUUCCUGGGGAGCCUCUGCUGUGGCUACCUGACUACGAAAUAUAGGAAACAAAAGUGCCAAAUGUGCGCCAACCUGAUCAUUCUGGUAGCUGCACUUAUCAUGGCCUUCAGUAAAACAGCCAAGUCCUUCGAGAUGAUUCUGGUCGGCCGCUUUCUCUAUGGCAUUGGUACAGGUUUUUCUCUCAAUAUACAUCCUCAGUAUGUAGGAGAGAUUUCACCCAAGAAGCUGCGUGGAUUCACCAACUCCACAGUUUCUGUUUUUCUAACACUGGGAAAACUCACAGGACAGGUUAUUGGACUACGGGAGAUUUUAGGAAGCGAAGCUUUGUGGCCGUGGUUGUUAGCAUCUAGUGGACUUUCAGCAUUGGUUCAACUGGUUACCCUCCCAUUUUUCCCUGAUUCACCAUCCUACCUCCUGAUACAGAAGGGUAAUGAGGAAGCCUGCAGGAAAGCCAUCAGGAAGCUCUGGGGGGAAGGAGACCACCAAGCAGAAAUUGAUGACAUUAUGAAGGAGAAGGCUGCAAUGAAGAGCACAAAAACCUUGCGUGUCCUCGAAAUAAUAAAAGACCGGUCUUUGCGCUGGCAACUUUACACCUCGGUGACUGUCAUGACCACCCUGCAGCUCUGUGGAAUCAAUGCAAUAUACUUCUAUUCUUUUGAGGUAUUCCACACAGCCAAGUUUGAAGAACACACUAUCCCAUACGUGUCCCUUGGAGUUGGGUUGUGUGAAUGCUUAUCCUCUAUACUGUGUACCACCCUCAUAGACCGAUUUGGGAGGAGGGUGCUGCUGUGUGGAGGGUACAUGCUGAUGGGCUCUGUGCUGGCGCUCCUGACCAUGACGCUGUCGCUGCAGCAUCAGUUUUUCUGGAUGCAUUACUUCAGUGUUAUCUUGAUCUUCCUGUUUGUUAUCUUCUAUGGAACUGGACCAUCCGGAACCACUAUAACUAUCAUGGUUGAAAUCUUCAGCCAGUCAUCCAGACCAUCAGCCUUCCUGAUCUUCGGCUCCAUCAACUGGAUGGGACUGUUUGUACUUGGGAUGACUUUUCCACUCAUUGUUGAAAACCUCGGACCCUUCUGCUUCCUCAUAUUUUUGGGAAUCCUUGCUCUAUCGGCAAUUUUCAUCUACCUGUAUCUCCCUGAGACCAAGGGAAAGUCAAUCAUGGAGAUAAAAGCAGAGUUCAACAAGCUGAAUUUUGGGAAAAAAGAAACCUCAGCCACUGGAAACAACUUUCCUAAGGAACAGUUGUUCUGCACCAAACUCUGAAUGUUCAGAGGAGAAAUUUGCAUCUCCCAGAAAAGACAGGAAACAAUGUUGCAAUAGAAUGAAACAGCAAACAUUAAAAACAGACUGCAAGCUCUUCUGUGUCUUUUUUCUUUU